UUACAAAUUCUAGCCGUACGAAAUCAACUUCUCUCAGCUUUAUUUUGUUAUAAAAAAUCAUCGCUGUAAAGAUCAGAACCGCACACUCUAGAUCAGGACCCCGUAUUACCUGCCACACGUCAUUUUCGGACAACACAACACCAAUAAUAACAAACUCUCUCCAGCUCUUCCCUCUGCCCCCCCGCCGGCUAACUCUUUACUUUACACUCCGCCGCACAACCACCACCACCCUUUUUCUCUCUCUCUCUCUCCAUAUCUUUAAACACUUUUUCUUUUCACACGUGGGUUUCUGUCUGUUUCUUUAAUAAACGCUUUUCAUCGUCUACCCUCUAGUGUACACGCUACUUUGUGUUGUAAUCUCUGUUUUGUCUCAAAGACGGCUUAUAAACCGACCCAGAAUAGAAAAUUAUUAAAUUUCUUGAACAUUCUGGGCAUAUGCUUUUGUUGAGUGUUGCUUAAUACGCAGUCAUUUUGGUUAUUAGUUGAGAGAUAUCUGUUGGGAUCAAAGAGAUUGCUUUCGGGUGAAAUUCGAGUGUUCUUUUGAUUUGGGGAAAGAAUGGCGGUAGAGUAUAGUUGUUGUGAGACUAAUUUCUUUAUACAUAUUGUGAUAAUAGUGUUUUUGGUGAUGUUUGCUGGGCUGAUGUCUGGCCUUACUUUGGGACUCAUGUCUAUGAGUCUUGUUGAUCUUGAAGUUCUUGCCAAGUCUGGAACUCCUAAGGAUCGCAAACAUGCUGCAAAGAUAUUGUCGGUUGUCAAAAAGCAGCAUCUGUUGCUAUGCACUCUACUCAUUUGCAAUGCUGCUGCCAUGGAGGCACUUCCGAUUUUUCUUGAUGGUCUGAUAACAGCUUGGGGUGCAAUUCUGAUUUCAGUUACACUGAUUCUUCUGUUUGGUGAGAUAAUUCCACAGUCUGUUUGUUCUCGAUAUGGUCUGGCAAUAGGAGCAACUGUGGCUCCAUUUGUCCGUGUUCUUGUUUGGGUCUGCUAUCCGGUUGCUUUUCCGAUAAGCAAGCUAUUGGACUAUUUGUUGGGUCAUGGACAUGUAGCACUCUUUCGCAGAGCUGAGCUGAAAACACUUGUAGAUUUUCAUGGUAAUGAGGCAGGAAAAGGUGGAGAACUGACACAUGAUGAGACAACAAUUAUUGCUGGGGCACUGGAGCUCUCAGAGAAAACAGCAAGUGAUGCUAUGACUCCUAUAUCUGAAACUUUUGCUAUCGAUAUUAAUGCUAAGCUUGACAAGGAUUUGAUGGGUCUAAUAUUGGAGAAAGGACAUAGCAGAGUGCCGGUUUAUUAUGAGCAAUGUACAAACAUAAUUGGGCUCAUUUUGGUCAAGAAUUUGCUGACAAUACAUCCAGAGGAUGAAGUUCCUGUGAAAAGUGUCACUAUACGCAGGAUUCCAAGGGUUCAGGAAACUUUGCCAUUAUAUGAUAUAUUGAAUGAGUUCCAGAAAGGUCACAGUCAUAUGGCUGUUGUUGUUAAGCGGUGCAGCAAGACUGCGGAACAAUCUGCUAACCCUGCUACCAACUCUGCUGACAAUUCAGUGAGAGACAUGAAGAUUGAUAUUGAUGGUGAAAAGCCUCCACAAGAGAAGGUUUUAAAGAGCAAAAGAUCGCUGCAGAAGUGGAAGAGCUUUCCCAACAACAGCUCAAGAAAUCUCUGCAAGACUAGUUCUAGGAGCAAGAAGUGGACGAAGGAAAUGUACUCAGACAUUUUGCAGAUUGAUGGUAAUCCACUUCCAAAGCUCCCUGAGGAAGAAGAAGCUGUUGGCAUAAUCACAAUGGAAGAUGUCAUUGAAGAACUUUUACAGGAGGAGAUCUUUGAUGAGACCGAUCAUCAGUUUGAGGACUCAUGACACAUGCUUUGAUGAUAAGCUAUGCAGAAUUCUACCAUCAUACAAUAGCGAGAAAUUUGUUGAAUUCGUUUUGGAAGUUAGUUUCAGUUGGGAUUCGAUUUAAAAAUUAUUAUAGUCAUAUAAUGCCAUAUGAGAUCUGU